UGUCUAGCUAUCCAAUGGCUGGGAGCUUUCGGAGCUCGAAUUUGAUGGUAAGUGUAGUUUGAAGCCUUGAAUAUGCCUGUUUUUGUACAGAAAUCUAUGCUGGCUGGAGAUGGUGGACCCUCACCAAUAGUCUGCAUGGCCCGGUUACUCGGGGUCCGCUGUAGAGACAUCUUUCUCAAAGGGGGACUACUCACGAUUUGGGCGGCUAGAUUGAGCGACUUCGUGCCCGUACAGCGAACACUACCCAGGUCCUCAGUGUUCGAUACGGGCGUAGGAGAACCGAUACCUGACCCGGUAAGAUUCCUUCAGAAAAAUGGCGCCCAGUUCCUAGUAUACAGCUUUGACUUUGACCAGAGAGUGCUUGGGUUUGUUAAAGUGAGGGAAGGGAUCGACAUCAGGAAGGCGCCAUUUUUAUAUCAGGCACAACGUGCAAACGCAGAGGAACUGUUGCUCCUUCCCUUCGAUAUACUUCCAGCAGUGGCGGACGGUUUGGAGAAAACUCAGUUAGCCGUUAAAAACAUAUGCCUCUACAAUACUGGACGGUGUGGGUCCACUUUGAUGUGCAAAGCUUUGGACGUGAUCAGUGAGGUACAGGCCGUGUCAGAACCUGACGUCUUCCAGGUUAUCAUUGAGCGUGUUUGCAAAAAGGAUGUCCCCUUAAGUUCUGACGAGAGGAACGAGAUCAUCAAAUUGCUGAAGUGCAGUGUCAUCCUGCUCAACUUCUACUUCCAACAGAAGGAUCCGUCAAGAAAAGUCAUCUGCUACAAGUUACGAAGCGAUGCCAUUUUCAUCGCCGACCUCAUCCAAAAAGCUGCUCCAAUGGCUAAAACCAUCUUUAUGUACAGGGAUCUUCCCGGCUUCUAUGACUCUUGUCUUAAUCUGAGAUUUAAUGGUAGCUAUUGGCGCUACUUUGUUGAGACCACGUUAAGGUUAGAUGUUUUCUCUCGAGUUCCAGUGCUGAAAACCGAUUUACCAAUCUUCAAAUACGCUAGUGAACAUCCUAGCAUGAUCGAAUGCCCUGUUACCCACGGCGUGCCUUUUCUCUAUGUAUCACUUUGGAUUCUACAGAUGCAAAAAGCUUUUGAUCUAAUUCAAGAAGAUUCCGAAAACUUCUUCCAUGAGUGUCUCACCUUCAAACAGCUCUUAGCAUACAAAGAACGAAUAAUCCUCAAGGUUCUAGAGAAACUUGAUGUGUAUGUUCCAUCUGAUGUUAACAGUUAUAAGAUCAGAGAUGUUUUUGGUGUUGAUAGUCAGCAAGGAAGCGUUAUGCAGAGCGGAAGAAGGCAGGGAAAUAGUGGAAGAUCAUGGGUGGGAACAUGGGAGAAGAAUCUGUUCUCAACUACUCUGGAACAUUAUAACGGGGAUGUCGAUGUACCAGAUUUUGUACUGCCAAACACCGUGAUCAUGGAGUAACAUCUUCCACUAUCCCAGUGCCGUAGAGUACGCACCUAAUAACUAUAUUAAAUGUGUGGUUACAUGAGGCCACAGCAAAUAAUUUUCAUGGAUGACAUCAGCGUGCGCAUUGAU